UCCAAUCCCUUUGCACUUUGUCCAGUGGACAAAGCUGUUGGUUUCUCAGAAAACUAACAAAUUUCCCACUUCUCAAUUUUCUUUUCCUUACCGACCUUCAAAAAAAGGAAAAGUAUUAAUUCGAUUUUUUUGUGAAGGAAAAAAGAUCAAGAAUGGCGAUUUCUAUUUCUUCUAUGGGUUUUGGAACUUCAGUUUCUUCAUAUUCUUGUUUAAAAGUUAAGAGUUUUGAGAAUCCAUCAUUUUUGUGCAAUUCCAAGAGCCCAUUUGGUUUAAAUUCUUUAUUUUCACUUAAGAAUUCUUAUGGAUCUUCAAAGGGUUCCUUCUCAAGGAAAUCAUGCAGGGUUCGAGCAACGUUAUUACAAGAGAAUGAAGAAGAAGUGGUUGUGGAGAAAUCUUUUGCACCUAAGAGUUUUCCUGGUAAUGCGGGAGGGGAGAGUAAUGGGGAGACACCCGAUGAUUCGUCCUCUAAUGGUCUAGAAAAAUGGGUUAUAAAGGUUGAACAGUCUAUCAAUAUCUUACUCACGGAUUCGGUGAUAAAGAUUCUUGACACUUUGUACCAUGACCGAAACUAUGCGAGGUUUUAUGUUCUGGAAACAAUUGCAAGAGUUCCUUAUUUUGCAUUUAUAUCGGUUCUUCACGCUUAUGAGAGCUUUGGCUGGUGGAGAAGAGCAGAUUAUAUAAAGGUGCAUUUUGCUGAAAGCUGGAAUGAGAUGCACCAUUUGCUCAUUAUGGAAGAAUUAGGGGGAAAUGCUUGGUGGUUUGAUCGAUUCCUUGCGCAACAUAUAGCUAUAUUCUAUUAUUUCAUGACAGUCUUUAUGUAUGCUUUGAGCCCAAGAAUGGCAUAUCAUUUCUCUGAAUGUGUGGAGAGCCAUGCAUACGAGACUUACGAUAAAUUCAUCAAGGAUCAAGGAGAGGAAUUGAAGAAAUUGCCUGCUCCAAAGAUUGCCGUGAGCUACUACACGGGAGGUGACUUGUAUUUGUUUGAUGAAUUCCAAACUUCGCGAGAGCCUAAUACUCGGAGACCAAAAAUAGAUAAUUUGUACGACGUAUUCAUGAACAUUAGAGAUGACGAAGCUGAGCAUUGUAAGACCAUGAAAGCCUGUCAAACUCAUGGGAGCCUUCGCUCUCCGCACACAAAUCUAUGCGAUGAGUCUGAAGAUGAUCCAGGGUGUCCCGUGCCUCAGGCUGAUUGUGUAGGUAUCGUGGAUUGUAUAAAGAAAUCUGUCGCUGAUCCUUAAGUCAGCAGAAGGUAGUGAAAGAAAAAUGAGAACCAACUAUACUUGUAUAUACCAGUAUAACCAAAAUACAAAGUUAUAUCCAUGUUGUAUCUUUUUGUUUGAGAUAGAGCAUGUCAAAAUGCCCAAAGAUGGGCAAGCAUUUGGUUGUUAUCUCCUUUCAAUAAUAUUAAGUACUAAAUGUAAUACAUUUAGAUUUGGGAA